AGCCAGGCUCUGACUUAACCACAAAGAACCACAGUCCACAAAGGGCCGCCGUCUUCAAGGAAACCCUCGCGUGGCGAUGGCCCCUCCUCCAACGGAAGAGCAGCUCCGGCGUGGAUCAGAGGAAACCGAGGCCCUCAUCCUUUCUGUUCACGGCGGCAGCCACGCGGGCGUUUGCACGGAUCAACCGUCAGCCCUAGGCGCCCCCGCGACCCAGAAUACGGAACCCCGUGAUGACCAGGCGCUCGUCUCCACAGAAUCAGAUCAGAUUUCCUUGCGCGCUCCUGAGCUCGUGAACACACAGGUGGACAGCGACGACCAGCGCGAUGCCCAAGUAAUGGAGGAGGACAGCGAUGACAGGGAGGGUAGUGAUGAGGAGGAGGAUACCAAUGAAUAUGAUGGCCAGACGGUAGACGAGAACAGCGAGGAGGAGGAGGUGGAGGAGGAUGAGGCUAGGGUUGAAUACUAUGCCCAAGUUAUUGACAAGGACAACAAGACAAAUUGCCCAGGAAAAAUCUACUCCAAGGAAGAAGCAGAUGAAAUAGAGGCCACAUCGUUUCGCAGUUUCACCAAGGCGUGUCAUGACUGCUUGAACCUGCGUGAGGAGAUUCUAGCCCGGGGUGAUAAGAAUGCUUGUCUUCCUUCUUUUCCCUUGAAAGUACUCCCUGUGGUAACAAGUCUAUGCAUUGAAAGCAACAUGUGCUACCACCGUGAAUACUUUACCCAUGAUAUUUCCACGACUGCAUCAGUUCUUGGGUAUCGCAAUCCAAGAACCAUGCUACAGGUCUUCUCUUUGCGCUUGACAAACUCUGAAUCCUAUCCCAUUAGUGUUCAUGGAAUUUUCGCUGUUAGAGAUGUUCUGGAACCACGGCGGAAUCUUGUCUUUAACCGUCACAGAGAGAAUGCUGUCACAGUUGAGCAGGAUUUUUUCACCUUACCUCUUUGUAGCCCUAGUCGAGGGAUGUAUGCACCGGAUCAGGCAUUACUGGAAGUUGAUCUUUGGGUGAAGGAGGGAGAUGGAUUGCGUGACGAACAGUUGCUCUUUGCAUAUGUUGAGCUUUAUUUCCAGUCACGUUUUAAUGAGAUGCGAACAGGACGGAUUCCUGGUGACAGUUGCAGCUUGGAGAUAGACUUCAUGUUCCUUUCACUGAGUGUUGAGGCUGUGAUACAAAUCUUUGCAAAGGUUGACCAUCCUCGUCAUUUGAGAUUUACUGCUUUCAGCAGUGGCUUUGAUCAUGAGAUUGUGCUGUUUGAUGACAAAUUCGUUGGGAGUGGGGACGUAAACCAGCAUGUUGUCGCUGUGAAGGCGAAGGGAAAAUUGGAUGUUCGCUUACAAGUGGAGAGAAUGGUGUUUCAGUGGACUUUCCAAGAUGGGUUGGCUGGAACUGUUAGUUCGCCGGACGACUCGCUCUUAGAGUAUGGCCAGUUUGUUGUGAGGGUGUUAUUUGCUCCAAAGGACUUGCAGCCUAGGCGAAAAAUGGUGAUGUUUAGGUGAAACUUCAUGAAAAGAAGUGAAUAAGUUGAUACUUCAGUAAGCACUAACGUCAAGGUUCAUUUCCUUGUGAAUCCUCGAAAUUCGUUUCUGAGCCGUGCUCAGAUGCACCUGAUAUCUUAGCCCUUCAUUCACAUGUGGAUUUGUGUAGUAGGUUGUAUUCUACUCUCUCCGUUCCUAAAUAAGACUUUUUAAAGAUUGUACUAUGGACUUAUUUUAAAGCGUAGAUUUGUUCA